UGACAUCCAGGCUAAAGCGGAGAAGGCAGGCUGCAAGAGCUGCUGAUGUGCAGACCAUUCUCUAGCAGUUUUUUUUUUUUCGUUGGACGAGUUGUAAAGUUUUAAUCGCUGACUGGUUUUGUGUUAGAAACGCUGUUUUUUUUAGGAGGAAUUAAAAAAAACAAAAGAUGAAUCUUGCAGGUUCGGAAACGUGAGGAAAAGUAAGAGGAUCGAUGCAUCUUUGGAACGUGUAUUGUUUGCAAAAUACAUUUCCUGUGUUUGACAGCCAAAGAAAGAGAGGAGAAGGAGUAGAAAAAAAGAAGACUCUCGCUUUCAAAGUUAUUAUUGUGGAUAAUCACAUUUCUUUAAAAAUAUUUUUCUUAAAAAAAAUUGCUCAUAACCGGAUCUGUUUUUGAGAGUGUCCUCUCCAGUUUUGCUUCUAACUAUUUCAAAGGAAGGUUACAGUACAAAUGUGCGACUUGAUGCCAUCAACACAGCCUACCGAAAAAAUAGGCAAAAUGAAAAAGCUGAGAAGAACUUUAUCGGAGAGUUUUAGCCGAAUUGCUUUCAAAAAAGAUGACAGCAGCUUUGAUGAGAUAUGUGUCACAAAGAUGUCUACUCGAAAUUGUCAGGGAAUGGACUCGGUGAUCAAACCCCUGGACACUAUUCCUGAAGACAAAAAGGUCAGGGUGCAAAGAACACAGAGCAGCUUUGAUCCUUUCGAGAAACCGACAAAUCAGGUGAAGAGAGUCCAUUCGGAAAAUAAUGCCUGCAUUAACUUCAAGGGCUCUUCAGCAGGGAAAGAAUCUCCAAAAGUACGGCGACACUCAAGUCCGAGUUCGCCGACAAGCCCAAAGUUUGGGAAAGCGGACUCUUAUGAAAAACUUGAAAAAUUAGGUGAAGGCUCUUAUGCCACGGUAUACAAAGGGAAAAGCAAGGUAAAUGGGAAGCUAGUUGCACUGAAAGUGAUCAGGUUACAAGAAGAGGAAGGCACGCCGUUUACUGCAAUCAGGGAAGCCUCACUUCUGAAAGGCCUGAAACACGCCAACAUUGUGCUACUGCAUGAUAUCAUUCAUACAAAGGAAACCUUAACGCUUGUCUUUGAAUAUGUGCACACUGAUUUAUGCCAGUACAUGGAUAAACAUCCAGGGGGUCUUCAUCCUGACAAUGUUAAGUUAUUUUUAUUUCAAUUACUCCGUGGAUUGUCCUACAUCCAUCAACGUUACAUUCUGCACAGGGACCUGAAACCUCAGAACCUGCUCAUAAGUGACACUGGAGAAUUAAAGCUGGCUGACUUUGGUCUCGCCAGAGCCAAGUCAGUCCCAAGUCACACCUACUCUAAUGAGGUGGUCACUUUGUGGUACAGACCUCCAGAUGUCCUCUUGGGCUCAACAGACUAUUCCACCUGCCUUGAUAUGUGGGGCGUGGGAUGUAUCUUUGUAGAGAUGAUCCAAGGAGUCGCUGCUUUUCCCGGAAUGAAAGAUAUCCAGGAUCAACUGGAAAGAAUAUUUUUGGUUUUGGGCACACCAACUGAAGAUACGUGGCCAGGAGUUCACUCUCUACCACACUUCAAACCAGAUCGGUUUACCCAAUACAGUUCCAAGAAACUUAGACAAGCAUGGAAUAAACUAGGUUAUGUGAAUCAUGCAGAGGAGCUUGCCUCCAAAUUUCUUCAGUGCUUCCCAAAGAACAGGCUGUCAGCUCAGGCAGCCCUGAGCCACGAGUACUUCAGUGAUCUUCCCCCUCGGCUCUGGGAGCUUCCUGACAUGUCAUCUGUAUUUACUGUUCCCAAUAUCAAGUUGCUUCCUGAAACAGGAGACAGUGUCAGGGUCUGUGGAAAAACCAACAGUAAAGGUCUGACCAACAGCAAGCACUAACAGCCUAAGGGAUCUUAUCAGGGCAGGAACAUAGAUUCAUGCUGUCGACAGUAUCAAGGAUCAUCAAGCAGCAAGAUGAAAUGUUGGAUGAUUAAAAAAUACAUUUUUCUCAUGCCAUGUUUUAGUUUCUAGCUAAAACAAGGUGGCAAACCUUUUGGCUUCCCUCCUAUGUAUCUGCAGAUGUAUUUUAUGAUUUUGACAGUCAAACCCCAAUGCGCAUGGAACUCCUCUGGCUUUUCAUUGGUCGAGUGUUGAGUUGGUUUACUAUUUUCUGGGAUGUACUUUUUUGCUGCUUUUGCUGCUCUAUCGUAAAGUGACUGAUAAACUGUACUUGAGUGUCAUCAGUAGGCUUUCCCAUGACACCACCCACUGUGACAAAAGGUGUUACUUUAUGGAUGGUAUCUUUAAUUUAUUUAUUUAUUUUUUGGUUUUGUCAUUAACCAGAAUCUAAUCAUGUGA